UGAUUGGCUGAUCAUUGGCGGCACUUGAUGGCGGGAAAAUAAUGCUUCAAAUGCGCGUGCGCAAUGUUGAUCACAAUCGCCGUAUUUCAAGAUGGCGGACAAUGAGGUGUUUCUUUCUGUAGCCUUGUUGCUCCUAACAUUUUACUUAUAUGGAUUAAAAUGGGCUGUUUUGAUAGGUAUAACUAUCAUCUUUUGUUUUGCUUUAUUAAAUUAUCAUGGAUAUAAGAAUGAUACCAGGAUCACGUAUGAACAUUCAUCCAAUUCACCCAAUGAUUCCACCUUAAAAACAUCCCACCCUCAGAACCCUGCUGCAAGUCCUCAUGGAAUUUAUGAUGCAGUUGACUCGGGAGCUCUUUAUGGUACGACAUCUCUCAGAAGAAAUACAUCUUUUCCACGAGAAACGCCGUACAGUGAUACUAUGCACAGUCGACAAGCAAGAACGUCAAGAACUGACUCUAGUCUAAGAUCACCUGAGCCACUUCUGUCACAAGUGACAAGACAUCUUUCCUUCAACAAUACAUCAUGCUACUAUCCUGACAAAACAAGACUAAAUCUAUCAUAUAAUAACAACAAGUCAAUAUUAAAUGCUUCUACUGGAUCAUUACCUCUUGGGCCUUCUAUGACGCCUCAAUGGUACACUCCAGAUACAGAAUUGCCACAGCAAGGACCAUCACUGGAGAAAACAUCUUAUUUUACACCAGAAAGAUACGCCAGUCCAGAGCAAUUUAGUGCUAUAAACCCUCAAAGAAAUGUCCCUCUCAAUACAUCAACUGUAAAGAUUUGUCGCCCUGGUAGUGGAGAGAAUGACUCUCGCUUUUCACUUGAAUCAAUUCUUCAUAAGAGAUUGGAAAGGACCAGGGAUAAUCCAUGCAGCAGGCAGUCUGUUUUGUCUGCUCUUGGUAAAAAAAACAGAAAACGAACAGCAUAUGACUCUGAUAUGGUGGAAUCAUAUUCAGUAAAGAAAAGACGGUGCGAUGAUCUUGAUGAUUUUCUUGAUGCAGUGAACAAUCCAGCUUCAUCACCCACAGCACUUUACACUGGUGUAAAAUCAUUAAAAAGACCAUAUUCUAACCCAAGUCAUGAAAAACUAGAACCUUCAGAAUUCACCAAAAAAAGAAACAAAGAUAAUGAAAGUGACAACCAAUCAAGUCCAUCUGUGAGGAAUCCAGUUGUCAGUGCAUUUGAAGAUAGUGGUGUUGAUGUAAACUCUCCAAAAAAAAAUCUGCAAGAAAAUGUUUUGAAUCAAAAUUCUCAAGCAAAGGUGGUUAAACCAACGAAAAUAAGAAAGCGAAAAUCAGUGACAUUUUCAGACAAACUUCCGUCUGCAAAACAAACAUCAGAAGAUGGAAGAAUACAUGAAACAAAUGAAGAUUCACCACCAGAAAAUACUUCGCCAGUUUUUCAUACUAAUUUUUCCCCACGAAAGUCACUGACACCAGAAUACCUGUCAUCAAUAUCAAGUCGGAUAGAGAGAAAGAAAUCACCACGACGUCUUCAUCGUUCAAAUAUAUCUUUAAAAGAUCUCGAGGAGAACAGGAAAGAGGCCUGGAGACGAUCACAAAAACUUCUUGACGAGAUUGAGGACUCGUUAUCGAAGGAGAGAGAAACAACGCCUUCGCCUGCGGUAACGACAACUCUAACAACAACAGUGACGUCACCUCUUACAUCACAUAUGACGUCACUUCCAACGUCAACCAUAUCUUCCGGCAUCCAGCUGGUUACGUCAGGUCAAGUCUCAGCAUCAAAUACUCUUGCAUCUAAUAUUAUACCAACAAAAACAACGCAAGCAACGAAUACAGUCGGAUUAAAUACAUUUGCUAAUACUGAGAAGAACAGCGCACCACAAAGUGGGAUAACUAGUGGAUCGAUAGGGACAACAAGUGGUUUUACAUUUUCUGCCCCUCAAAAUCCUCCAAAGUCUUCUUCUACUACCGGGCUAUUUAGUGGAACUUUAAAUGCGACUGCAGUAUCCUUGGCAGCACCACCGUUGGUAUCAAACAAUACGUCAAGUAAAGCAAGUACAUCUAGUCAACAAUCAUUCAGUUUCCAGGCUCCAAGUAGCUCAACCCGCCCGGCUCUGCAAAGCGCGGGAACUUUACAAACUAUCACAACAGGACACGAGGUGACACAAACGAUGGCUUCUGUCACUCAGAGCACGGCCACUGGUCUUUUCAAGUUACCGACAGGUACAACGUCAUCGUCUACCCAGCCAAAAACUGGAGGAUUUUCAUUUGGUUCAACAGUUAAAAAUACUCAUGUCGAGGGAAGGACAACGGCUCAAACCGGUUCAACUUUCACUGCGCCCACGACAGAGAAACCUAAUACCAGCGGUGGUUUCACCUUCACUGCCACCACGACAGAGAAACCUAAUACCAGCGGUGGUUUCACCUUCACUGCGCCCACGACUGAGAAACCUAAUACCAGCGGUGGCUUCACCUUCACUGCGCCCACGACAGAGAAACCAAACUCCAGCGGUGGUUUCAACUUUAAUGUGCCCACGACAGAGAAACCAAAUACCAGCGGUGGUUUCAACUUGACUGCGCCUACGGCAGGGAAACCAAACUCCAGCGGUGGUUUCAACUUGACUGCGCCUACGACAGAGAAACCAAACUCCAGCGGUGGUUUCAACUUGACUGCGCCUACGACAGAGAAGACAAAUACCAGCGGUGGUUUCAACUUGACUGCGCCUACGGCACAGAAACCAAAUACCAGCGGUGGUUUCAACUUGACUGCGCCUACGGCACAGAAACCAAAUUCCAGCGGUGGUUUUAACUUCACUGCGCCUGGGACCGAGAAACCACAAGUUAACAGCGUUUUCACCUUCAGUGCUUCCACAAAUGGUAAAGAAAAUGCACCUAGUACGAUUUCAUUUACGGCAGCUACGACAGAAAAACCGAAGGUCAGCGGCGGCUUUAACUUUUCUACUCCCGUUCCUGGCAAAGAAAGUGGUGCGUUUCAAUUUAAUGCACCUGCAAUGAGCAGCGGAGGAUUUGCAUUUAAUGCGAACGUUGCUAGCAAGCCAUCUAACAGUGGUUUCAAUUUUCAAAAUCAGAGCACUCCUUCAACAUUCCAGUUCGGCGCUUCGCCACUUCCUGCACCCGCAGGUGGUAUCAAUUUCGCGGGUGGAUUUGCGUCGUCCACUCCAAUACCCACAAACUCGGGCAGAACAAACAACAUGUUGGCAAAGCCGAGACAAAGAAGAAUUCGAAAAAGAUAACAUAUUAUAUUCAUUAUCUAAAAUAAAAAUGACAAAAAUAGAACUAUUUUUAAGUACAUAUUAUAUUCGUAUUAUGUAGAUAGUUACAGUAAAAUUUACGAAUCUUGGGUUCUCUGUUUUCUCGAGGACGGAAAGAGGAAAUUGGUAACUAGUUAUCAACACUGAGCUAUGUAAUAA